AUGGCUAGGCUUUUCGAUAUCGAUCACACGACUCUACGCUACACGAAUAGGAUCGUUGGAACUUUUGGAUACAUGGCUCCAGAGUACGUAAUACACGGACAAAUCUCGUUUAAGACAGAUGUUUACAGUUUCGGAGUUUUGGUUCUUGAGAUCAUCAGUGGUAAGAGAAACAGUUGUUUCAGCAAUGAAGAAAACAUGGAAGACCUCCUUAGCUUUGUAAGUACUAUACCAUGA